AAAUUACCGCGACGUUUGAUAUCUUGCAUUUCAGCAACCGCCUAUUAAUAAUUCUUGCACAUAAGUUGCGUUCUCUAUUGAAGUAAUAUCAUUUUCCUUUUUUCUGUUAAUUACCCUAUCGUUUUAUCUACAUUUUGAGUACAUGGUUACCAGAAUUGAGCAAAUAUGUCUGGUUCAAAAAUUGUGAAUAUUGAGACAAUCGAAUUUCAAAAAGAAAACAUUGAACCACGAAGAGAAGGUCAUAGAGCGAGAGCACUUGAAAAGGCUUUUACGAGAGAUCCCUCCGAGUCUGCUAUAAAAGAUAUUGAAGCCACAAAACAAUCUUAUGAAGAAGCUAUCCAAAACACUGGAACUACUGACGAUCCUUUAGAACCUUGGUUAAAGUAUAUACAAUGGACACUGGAAACUUUUCCUCAAGGCGAUAGCAAUGUAAGCGAGUUUGUUCGUUUACUUGAACGCUGCACACAGCAUUUUCUUAAAGACCCUCUUUACCAAAACGACAUUCGGUACCUGAAAGUUUGGCUACGGUAUGCUCCAUACACAAACGACCCUGCUGAACUGUUUUCCUUCUUGGAAGUUCAUAAAAUUGGACUUCAGUUUUCUAUAUAUUAUGAGGAGUAUGCCAACUACUUUGAAUCUAAAGGGCUGUAUGCCAAGGCUCUAAGCAUUUACAACCGUGGCCAAGAGAGACAUGCAAGGCCAGCGUUACGGUUUGAAGAGCGCAGAAGGGAGUUUCUAUAUCGUUGUAUGGAGAAAGCACCCGACUGUCUAAAAGAACAGACUCUCCCAGAGACUGCUUUACAAAUCAAAUUUGAAAACACGCUCUCGUUAGGCAGCGAUUCAUCAUCAUCAUCAACUUUGUCUUCUCAUGCUGCAGCGCAUUUUCGUAAACCGGUACAGAAAAGAAUCACCGUCUUUUCAGAUGCCUCCGGCGACCCGUCCUCAACUCUUGAUACAGCAUGGGAACAGUUUGGCUCACGGGCUGUUCGAAGAAAAGAGAAUACCAUUUCAGCGACACCCUGGGUUGGAGUAACAUUGCCAAUCAAAAGCAGAAAGUCCACAACCUCUCAUAAAUUACAUGUAUAUCGAGACGAACAAAUCCCUUUACAACAAACACUGCCUCCAACUAUGGAGGAAGAUGCCAAAAGUGGAGUUAACUUUGCUUUUCACGUCCAUGAUUGCUAUCCACAGGGCCCACACGGCAUCGAACUUUCACCUGAAGAAGUUCGAGCGAAAAAGUACAUAACUUUUUAAACAAUGUACUCUCUAAUGCAUUUAAAUACAACCCCAUGUAAUUCUUUUUAUCUUCCUUACCCGACCUAAUAAACUAAAAUAAAAACAGAGAGCGUAAUACGAUAGAGAAGUCUUCUCAAACGUAGAACGCGUUAUGCCGAACGGUAUACGGCAGAAGCUGCUUUACCCAGGCGGUUCAUGAUAGCAAGUCCUUCAUGAUCUGAUUCAACUCCUUCAACCAAAAUAAUGUCAAUCUGCUUCUCAUCCAUAUCACGGAUCAUAGAAAACAAGUUACGACGAAUUUCUUUACCUGUGCGACCGAGACACAUACUCACAGAAACCAUAUCGCUAAACUUCUCAACGUUCCAACGACAACUUGUUAAAACACCGAUUUUUGGCGGUUUAGUGUUUUGAUUUGCAUGUAAGUAGUCAUUUUGGAGGAUAUCGUUUGCUUCUGCUUCACUCAUGCCCUCAAAGAGAAGAACCUUUGCAGUUGGUGAAUAGUGUCUAUACUUCAUACCCGGUGUCUGGGGGACAAACGACUUCUUUUCCACAUCAUCUGUUGGCUUAUAAACAACUGUACGACUCCAGACACCCCCACAAGACUGAAUGUCUUCAAGUGAGAUGCCACCAGGACGAAGAAUAACAGGCGGGUCACAAAGUCCAUUAACGACAGUGCUUUCCAAACCAACACCACAAGGACCUCCGUCCAAAAUAAGUGGAAGCUUUCCAUUCAAGUCAUGAAAUACAUGAGCCGCCAAAGUAGGGGAAGGUCGAGUGGAGGCAUUAGCAGAUGGAGCUGCCAAUGGAGCCUUUGACUUCAAUAUUAGUGCCAGCGCAACAGGAUGUUCUGGCAUUCGAACAGCAAAAGUGCUUUGUCCGGCGGUUACAACUUUUGAAACAGGAGAGCCUUCGGUACCUUCAAUCGGAAGCAGGAUGGACAUUGGACCAGGCCAAUACCGGUCUAUCAGUGGUUUGUAUACCAAAGGAAUGUUUUCCCAUAAACCGGAAUCACCUUUUAAUUUGUUUUUUUGUGUUGUAGAGUCUAUAAGUUCACUAAGUUGUUUCAACGACCCAAUAUGAGUAAUUAAAGGAUUGUCAGCCGGACGAUUCUUUGCCUUGUAAAUGUUUAAUACAGCCUCAGAUUUGCGUGCAUCAGCACCA